AUGACACACCCACCGCUCGCCGCCGGCACCACCUCCUCGCCGUCUCCUCCCACCGCUGCCGUCUGCGCGCACCCCUUCCCUCGGGCGAGCCACAAGCCUCAGCGCGCCACCAUCCGCAACUCCCCCGCGGCGGCCACCUCCAGCUCCAGGUGGGUCAACCCGCGGGCACCUGCGCCCCCGCCCCGGCGCGGCGCGGGCGGGGGCGGGACCAACCAGCGGCUGCACCACCUCGUCCGCCUCGGGGACCUCGACGCCGCGCUCCUCCUCGUGGAGUCCAUGCGGGACCCCGAGCGCCCUGCCGUGGUCCCCUGCACCCUCCUCAUCAAGAAGCUCUGCGCCGCGUGCCGCCUCGACGACGCCGAGCGCGUGCUCGAGGCGUCCGAGCGCGCGGGCACCGCCGACGCCGUCGCGCGCAACACCCUCGUCGCGGGGUACUGCCGCGCGGGGGGCCGCCUCGCCGACGCCGAGCGGAUGCUGUCCUCCCUCGCGGUGUCGGGCGCCGCCGACGUCGUCACCUACAACACGCUCGUCGCGGGCUACUGCCGCGAGGGCCGCCUAGACGACGCGCGGCGCCUCGUCGCCGGCAUGCCGCUCGCCCCCAAUUCGUACACCAACAGCACCCUGCUCAAGGGCCUCUGCAGCGCCAAGGAGUGGGAUGACGCCGAGGAGCUCGUCGCGGAGAUGAUACGGAGCGGCUGCCCACCAAAUAAUCUCACGUUUGGUAUGAUGAUCCAUUCCCUAUGCCAGAACGGAUUGGUCGACCGUGCAAUGGGAGUUCUUGAUCAGAUGUCCAAUUGCGGGUGCACACGGGGCGUGAUUGUUUAUAAUGAAAUCAUCAGUUGCCUUGCGGAGCUGGGGCGCGUGGAGGAGGCUCUUGAUUUGUUCAACCGCAUGCCGUGCAAGCCUGACAUCUUUAGUUACAACACCGCGAUAAAGGGUUUAUGUAGAGAUGAGCGUUGGGAGGAUGCUGGAAAGCUUAUUGCUGAGAUGGUUACAAAGGACUGCCCCCCAGAUGAAGUGACAUUCAACACAGUGAUCAGUUACUUGUGCCACAGAGGGUUGGUUGACUGUGCAAUGGAAGUUGUUGAGCAGAUGCCCAAGUACGGAUGUAAGCCUGAUAAUUUUACUUACAGUGCCCUCGUUAACGCCUUUUCUGAAUAUGGGUGGGUAGAUGAUGCUCUUGAGUUACUAAGGAGCAUACCAUGGAGACCUAACACUGUUUGCUAUCGAUCUGUACUGAAGGGACUGUGCAGAGCUGAUCGAUGGGAGGAUGUUGGGAAGCUUGUUGCUGAGAUGAUUAGAAAUAAUCUGACCAUUGAUGAAGUCACAUUUGGGUUGAUAAUUGAUUAUUUGUGCCAAAAAGGGCUAGUUGGCUAUGGCAUUGAAGUUAUUGAGGAAAUGUCAAACUACGGAUGCUCACCUGACAUUAUCAUGUAUAAUUCUCUCAUCAAUGGGUUUGUUGAAUAUGGGAGCGUGGAUGAUGCUCUCAAGCUAUUCAAAAACAUGUCAUGCAAACGAAAUAUUGUUACAUAUAAUUACAUGUUGAAAGGUUUGUGUAGAGCUGAGCAAUGGGAAGAUGCUGGGAGGCUUAUAGCUGAGAUGGUUAAGGAUGAAUGUCUCCCAAAUGAAGUAACAUUCAGUACCCUAAUCAGCUACUUGUGCCAAAAAGGCUUGGUUGAGUGUGCAAUUGAAGUUUUUGAGAAAAUGCCAAAGUACAAUUGUAUGCCUAAUGUUAUCAUCUAUAGCACCCUUAUCAAUGGCCUUUCUGAACAAGACCGUGUAGAUGAUGCCUUGAAGUUACUAAAUAACAUGCCAUGCAAGGCUGACACCAUUUGUUAUAGUUCUGCAUUGAAGGGCUUGUGUAGAGCUGAGCGAUGGGAGGAUGCUGGAGAACUUAUACUUGAGAUGAUUCGAAAGAACUGCCCCCCAGAUGAAGUCACGUUCAGUAUACUGAUAAAUAACUUGUGUCACAAAGGGUUUGUCGAGUAUGCUACUGAAAUCUCUGAGCUAAUGCAUAAGUACAAAUGCACGCCUAAUAUUGUUAUUUACAGCUCUCUCAUCAAUGGUCUCUCUGAACAAGACCGUGUGGAAGACGCUCUCGACUUACUAAGAAGCAUGCCAUGUGAGCCAGACACUAUUUGCUACAGCGCUGCACUGAAGGGUUUGUGUAGAGCAAAGCGAUGGGAUGAUGCCAGGGAGCUUAUAGCUGAGAUGUUUAGAAAGCAAUGCCCACCAGAUGAAGCAACAUUCAGUAUGCUCAUUGGUUCAUUGUGCCAGAAUGGGCUGGUUGACUUGGCAACUGAAGUUUUUGAGCAAAUGUCAGAGUAUGGAUGUAGUCCUAAUAGCACGAUACGCAGUUCCCUUGUUAACAGCUAUUCUGAGCAAGGACGAGUGGACGAAGCCCUCAAGCUAUCAAGCAGUAUGCCUUGA